UGGCAGAGGAACAGUAUACGUGAAAGUCUGAAGAGGAAAGCAGCUCCACGUGUCUAAGGAACUGAAGAAAUCCAGUGAGCCUAGAGCUCGGAAUGUGAGCAGAGUGGUGAGAAGUCAGUUGGCAAUGAAGGCAGAAGCCAGACCAUGGAAAACAGUUGUUAUAUUGAGGAGUUUGGAUGACUAAAGAGCCAAAUACUAUCCUCAGGGAUUUCCAUGAAUUCCUUCAAGCAUUACAACUCUGUGAUAUAGGUGUUAUUAGCCCCAUUUUGUUAAUGGGGAAGUUGAGGCUCCAAAAAAUUUUCACUUAUCCAGAGGCAUAGACUUAGAAGAUAGUAGAGCCAGGAUUUGAACCUAGUUCUCUCUGGCUCCAAAGCUAGAGUUCUUUUGAUGGCAACCUAUGCCUUCUGAACUUGAACUCUGGCUAUUAGCUUUAUGACUUCAGACUACCCUCAGUAUACUCACCUGUAAAAUAGGUAACAUUAAUAAAUGCCAGCCUCAGAGACUUGUAAAGACAAAUGAAAAUACAUCUAAAAUGCCAAGAAUAGUGCCUGGCAUAUUAGCGAAUUCCACAACGGGGGACCCUUGACAGAGAAGCGUUUUUCCUUCACAGGCCCAGUGAACUGAGAGAAAACCCCAUGAGCUGCCAUAUGCAUGUUGGCCUGGUUGUCGGUCAUCUUUCCAAGGAUGAGUUAAGACCCACAUAGAAAUCAUCUCUGCACAUAGGGAAUCUCCUCCCCCUAGCUACUUGACAAGUCUCAGUGGAGUCGCCUCUCUUUCAACCCUGCAGCCCCGUAGCCAUUUGAGCUUCAGCUCUGCUGGUAGGCAUGAUCCUGAGGCUUCCUUCAGCUCUCCCAAGCACCCUUCCCCUCAUGGGCUCAAUGGGUGUCCUUUUCCUCUUCUUCCGGAGUCCACCAGGCCUGCUCUUCCUGCACCUUAUGAAAUGAGCUUCACUGCUGGUUUGAAAUAUAUUUGACUUUGUGGUUGUUGUUUGACUUUACUCACAUUAGUCUCCACGGCAGAGCCUGUCUCAUCUCUGUUUCCUACCAUGGUUAGCCCAGUGCUAUAGUAGGUACCCAAUAGAUUAUAAUGGUUUUCACCAGGAUAGAGCUUUGUGGAUACCAAGACUCUUCUGUACAGUUAAAAAAAAAAAAUCUUUACAACUGUCCUCUGAAGUAGACACAGCAUGUAGUAUUCUUUUCAGCACAGUUGGAGAAAUUAAGGCCUACACUCAAGCAUUAGGCCUACUAAUUAACUUUUUAAUUCUACAGAGUAGACAUUUACUAAAUAUAACUGUCCCAUGCAUGGGCUAGGAAAUAGAGCCAAAAGAUAUAAUCCCUUCCCUCAAGGAUGAAGCAGACACUUAGUUUUAGGACAGAGGGAUGAUGAAAGUGUUUCAAUUUAUUUGGAGGAGAGCAGCAAAAAAUUCAGAGAGAAAGAGAUGCUUGCAUUGGGCUUUACAGGAUUGACUUGGUGGCACAGAAAGGGCAGGAGGGAGGAGAUUCCGGGCAGAGGGAGUGACACAUGCCACAGCCCAUAGGAAUGAGGAGCCAGGCACCUUGGAAGGUACUGCGGUGUCAGCCUGGCUGGCAGGAGGCUCUGCGGUGGUGGCAGGGGAAGAUGGCGAUAACUCCCUCGGUUAAGACUCCAAGACAUCCAGGACUUACCGGGGACUGAGAGCUGUGUAAAUGAGUAUGGAAGAUUAUGAUUUCCUGUUUAAAAUUGUUUUAAUUGGCAAUGCUGGUGUGGGGAAGACGUGCCUAGUCCGACGAUUCACUCAGGGUCUUUUCCCUCCAGGGCAAGGAGCCACGAUUGGAGUUGAUUUUAUGAUUAAGACAGUGGAGAUUAAUGGUGAAAAAGUAAAGCUUCAGAUCUGGGACACAGCAGGUCAAGAGAGAUUUCGGUCCAUUACCCAGAGUUACUACCGAAGCGCCAAUGCCUUGAUCCUCACCUAUGACAUAACCUGUGAGGAAUCCUUCCGUUGCCUUCCUGAGUGGCUGCGGGAGAUAGAACAAUAUGCUAGCAACAAGGUCAUCACUGUGCUAGUGGGCAAUAAGAUUGAUCUGGCUGAAAGGAGAGAGGUCUCCCAGCAGAGAGCUGAAGAAUUCUCAGAAGCUCAGGACAUGUAUUACCUGGAGACCUCGGCCAAGGAAUCAGAUAACGUGGAGAAACUAUUCCUUGACUUAGCGUGCCGCCUCAUCAGUGAAGCCAGGCAGAACACGCUUGUAAACAAUGUAUCCUCGCCCUUACCUGGAGAAGGGAAAAGCAUCAGCUAUUUGACUUGUUGUAAUUUCAACUGAAGGCUGAUGCAAGGAGAAGCGAAAGGAAUCAGCAGCUGCCCUGAUGGGCCCUGAAUUGCUGGGCAGAUCUGGUGAUGACUGUGGCUCCCGCUCUUAGACCCUCUGACUCCUGUGGGAUCCAGGGCUUACACAGCAUGGCAGGCCAAAGGCUUUGUCCGCAGGCCAGCAUUAGCAGAACAUACAAUGGUUUCACCCUUUCGCAGUCAGGAGUUGGAGCAAGGAGAAAAUUGCGCUAGACGCUCCAUGAUCUGCAGAGCAUGUUGCUUUUGUUCUUUUCAAAAAGCAAGUAAAAGCGCAUUCCUGAACACAGUCCAGGGGGAAAUGUACUGUAGGGACCCCUCCUGCACGUCAGUGGGUGCAUGUGGGGGCUGUUCUUUAGGGCUUCUGGGGGCCCUGGUUUUCUUGUCUACCAGAUAAACCAAAACUGGGAAGGCCAAGUACUGUCUUUGUGGUGCGUGUUGAUGACUCCACGGAGACUUUGAAAAGUGUUAUUUCUCUUGUCCACAGGCACUUUCAAGAACUUUGGGAUGUAAAAAUGAAAUGAAACCUUUACCCCAUGACCAACAGUAACAAUCAUUGGUUUAAUAAUAUAUACAAGCCCCAUGACUCCUUCUGGUGCUAAUGAUUCUGCUCUUUCACAGACCAAACAUUUUAGUACAUUGAUGUCCUUAAAUGUAUUAUAUUGAAAUAAAAAAAAAAUAAUAAUAAGGGAAGUCCAUGAAUCAGCACUCUUUCUCAAAGUCUCCUUACUACCUUUUCUAGGGUAGAUUUGUUGGAAAAUAAAAUACUAUUCCUUUCAUGUUCUUUCCCCUCGAAAUCUCUACCAUUUUAUUCUUCUCUUCUCCCAUCUUUCCUGCCCUUUAAGUAAAUGAAAACACUAGAAAAAUGAAAAAAAAAUGGUUGAUGAUAUUCUAAUAAAAAAGACUAUCUCUAAGACAUUAUGAGUAGUAUGAGAAAACAGACCAGAUCUGACCAAAAUACUGUGGAUUAAUGGACUGCAAUGCAGAGUUCUAAGCAGAGCACAGUCCUUGAUAGCAGGUGACAUCUUUUACUUCCUGGUACUAUCCAUCUUGGACAGACCAAGGCUUAGAAUUUUGUAUCUGUUUUUAGUAUGAUAAGUGACAAUAGCAACAGAUGAAAAGUCUCAUGAACCAUUUUUGUAUUGUCAAGAACCUUCGACAGAUUCUGCUUGUGGAAGCAGGUGGAGCUGUCAUUUGUCACCUCCUUCAUGUAGUGAUGUUACUCUCAGACUCACGACCAUACGUUCUAUCUUAUUUCCUUUCCUCUGCCUUUCUUUCCUGGUCUUCUCCUACUUUCCUCUUUUCCUCUCUCCCUUCAUAUGCAUGUGUUACUGCAAAUCUCCAAUUCAAAUGGAGGUGUAUAUGCCUUUACUUAGCCAAUUUUAAAACAAGACUCAAAAUGGAAGAUGUGCUGCUGAAUAUGUGUUACUAAUUUCUUUAGUGCCAUACUUUGAUGCCUUCCAAUUUGUUCACCGAUAUAAAUGCAAAUUGGGGAAAUAAUUAAACCUGUAUGCUGUUGAUGCUGUCAGAUGUUUCUGUAGCUUGCUGCUUAGCAUCACUGAGGGCUGAGGAAUGGGAUAAGGAUAUGAUAUGCAAUUCUGCUGUUGUUGUCGAUGGUGGCAAUCUCGGUCCUGAUAUGUUGAUAUUUGAAAGCUAUUUAAUUUUAAAGAAAUGAGACAUGUGGAGACAUGAUGUUGAUAAAGCAUUUCCAGCAUUUCUCCAGCAGAUUUCAGAGUGACUCAUCUUUUGCAUAGAGAUUAUAUACAUUGUUUAAGGGGUUGAUACCUUUGGUUGGCCUCACUGUGUUUGUCCUGGUCCUCUGCAUGACAGAAGGAGAUCUCAGAAGUUUAAACUGCUUUUAUUUUGAAUCUGUGUCUACAGGAAAGAAAAAUCAUUUUAAUAAACACCAACCAAAAUCAAUGAUAAUUGUUGCUUUUCCCUCCCCAUUUCUCCACUAAGCCAGCAACAAUAAAAGUAUUCAGAAAACAAGCUGAUCAAAGUGGGCAGAAGAACUUCUCUUUUUAAACUGUGAGGAAGUAUCCCUAAGUGUAGAUUUAUUGUCUUUCAUUUAGGGCAAAAAUCUAAUUAAUAUCCCACAUCAUGACCCCACCUUAGCAGCAAGUGUGUUGAAACUGAAGCUGCUUUGAGAAUUCAGAUAGGACUUUGUUAGAUUGGGCAAAUUUGGUCAUAAAACAACAGUUUCUAGGGCUACUUUUGCAUCUGAAAUUCUUAUUCCUUAGGGCUCAGUAUUCUCUGUCCACCCAUGGCCAUACUCAUAAAUAAGGGGAUUAGAAAGUUCUGCUCUUGGGCCUUUCCUUCCCUGUUACUCCUCCCAGCCUUUCUGUAUCUUACAGUCACCCAUCGAUGGCCCAUAGUGGAGAUACAUGAGAAUUUGAAGCUUUUCUCCAUGCCCCGACCCCUAGUUGUGUGAAGGCCUUAUGGACACUUGCUCACUGACACAUUUCAAGUUUGAGAACAAUCCCUGACAAUAUUGUAGGUGCUCAAUAAAAGCUGAAAGAAGACUUUGUGCCAAGUGGAGCUUUGCCAGUGAAAUAGAAAUUUCUCAAAUAGAACUUGAGAAAGGGUCGUAAUGAAACGUGGUUAUCUUAACCUAGACCAAGACCUAAACUUACUGGUUUGCUUACUAGUUGUUAUUGCCAUGGCAACAUUUGCUAAGAUGAGCCUUCUUAAAUAAAAAUGAAUUCUUACUUAAUGGUGGAUGAAAGAAAGAGUGCUUUCUCAUUAAUUUAGUUUGGCUUGGUCUGACUCACACUACCAGAGUCUGUGUCCACUUGCAUUUUUGCUGUAAUCUUUUUCUUCUUUUAAUAAAGUUACUAAAUAUAUGGCAAAACUUUUUUUUCAAUUUCCAGUGAAAACACAUCAUAUUCAUGUUAUGGAGUCAGGUUUGGGAGAAUCUGAAAUCUAAAAGCUUGCUGAUAUUAAUGAUAUUUUAUAUGGCUUUCUAUAGGCUGUAUCCUCAAAGGAUUUUGUGUUUUUUCCUUUACCUACAUAAGGCUUUUUAUUUCUUUAUAUGCUUUUAUUAUUUCUAAUGUAUUAAUAUUUAAUAUUGAUUUUGUGGGGCCACUUAUCCUUUCUGUGGAUUAGAGUAGGCCAUUAGCUCUCCUGGCCUUUCUUUUUUCCUGUCUUUUCUAGUCAUUUCAUGUUACCAUCUCUUCCUGAGUAAAGCAGCAAGAAUAGAACUAGAAAUGAAAGUCAAAUGGAUUGAUUUGACAGUAUGUCAAUUUCUGAAAGAAACAUGAAAACCACUGGCCAAAAUAAUAUAUCUGAGUUAGGGUUAUUUAUUUUAAGCAAUUUAGAUUUGUUGGAGAGAGGAGGCAGAAUCUGACAGAGGACUGGAUUCUAUUUGUGAAUGUAUACCUUUGGAGGACACUGGUGACUUCCAGGGUUAGGUCAAUGAUUUGUCUCAUUUACCUUCUUGGCUAUUACACAAGCCUUCCAGAUUAAGCAUCAAAUUUCAGCUAAUGAAUCAUUCUGAAUAGAUACCAGUUGAAAGUGAUUUUGAAUUGCUCUUCUGACUAAAGUGAAAACAUCUUUUUUAAUAAACUAAGGCACAUAAGAUACCAUCUUGUAACCAGAAAAAAAACCCUUUCAUUUUCUCCCCCCACAUAUCAAACCAAUGGCUUUAAAGAUAGACAUUUUCUGUUUCUUAAUCCUGCAAAACUUGUUACCUUUCAUAGCUGUUAGUACUUUAGGGAAUACUGCUCUAUUAGCUUCUGGAAGAGCUCUUCUAGGGUUUGCCCUUUGUUUUCUUUAGAAUUUUUUUUUUUUUAACUGCAACUGGUUCCUUACUCUCCUCAACCAUGGUCCUGACAGAUGUGUUUUAAUGCAACUAUAAUACUUUUGAGACUUAACUAAAAAUUCAAAAACAGUAAAAAGACAUGUUUAUCUCAUCGUUCAGACAAACAGUACUCCACAUAAGCAAUCAGGUUGAACACUAAUUUUGGGAUAAGAGAAAGAUGUGCUUUCUUUUCUUUUUUCUUUUCAAAUUUAAUUUCUGUCCCAUGAGUGUAUUUGUGUUUAAAAGGAAAGCUGCCUUCCCUUACAUUCGUCACACUAUGUAGAAAGCACACUGAAUUAAGAAAUUAUCAUCCCUUCAAACACUUAAUUAAUACAGUGAUGUUAGAACAAGAGAGGUGACGGUUCAUCUUUCCUAAGUCUAUUUAUUACAUUGGAAUGCUACAAUCAUUUUUGAGAGCUAUACUUUGAAAUUAAAAACAAAUUGAGGCAUAACAAAGAUGGUGAAGGAAUUUAAAAUUUAAGACAUUUGAAGAAUAUUUGAAGGAUUUUUGGAAAUUUAGCCUGGAAAAGAGAGGAAUACAGUUAGUGAAUUAGAGCAAGACUCUGGUUCAGAGGGGUAGAAUGAGGCCUACUGAUUAAGAGCCAUAGGACCACAGAUUUGGGCUCUAUGUCAGGGAGAACUUUCUCAAAAAGAUGGUUGACCAUGAAAGGCACUGCCUUAGGUAAUGGUAUCUGUCAAGCAGAGGCUAGAUAAGAACUUGGUAAAGAUGAUGUGGAAAGGAUCUCAGCAUUAGUUGGAGGUUGGACUAUAUGACUUAUUAACUUAUUAACAUAAUUCUAUGUUCUAGCACUUUGUCUUUCAUAUCAUGUUAAGUAUCUUUUGACCCACAGCUAAUGAUUUUUUUUUUAAAGGCUUUGCUGUUCUGCCAGUCCGGGAAGGAGGUUAGUUACAUGUUGUUAAGCUAAAAGACUGGCUUGUCAUUGUGCUCGAGGGAUUGCUUUAUCAGUCCAUUCACUCAUGUUCAGUUGAAAUCACAAACUGGUUUUUGAGUUAAAAAGAAGAAAAGGUAUUUUUUUAAUAGAAGUUACAUGAAAUCAGGAAAAUUAAGUUUUUGUCACUUGCCAAACAUAGGCCAUGCUCAAUUUAGUGAAUAACUGGUAUCCAGGAUUUCAAGCCAGUCCUUUUUAAAGCAGAACAGAAUCUUCAGUUAAAGAUCCCAUAAACAUACCAAUGUGAAGUUUUGCAGCUUCCAUUAGAGAUGGGCUGGUAUGUUACUGGCAUAAAGCAGACCCUAAGAUCUAUUUUGGCAAAAUCUCAGAUGACAUUUGGUUAGUUGGCUUGAUUUUCUUGAAAAAGCAUGAUCUGCAAAUUAUUUUAUUUUAAUAGAACCAAGGCCAAAUUACUUCAGGUAGGAAAAGUAACAAAACAUGGGUUUUCAAGAAUCAGAGAUAACCAUAAGCAACAUUUGCUAAUAAAGCCUAUGACCAAAUGAUUCCACCUGCAAAAUAACUUGCAUCCCUGUUAGGUUGAUAGAUAGCUUUUCAUUAGUGUUUAUAAAGUCACUGGUCUUGCAUCAGUAUGGUGAGAAACACAUGAAUUUGGGUGAGACUUUCCUUGACUCCUUUAAAUAAGAGGUCAGAGCCCAAAAGCUAGCUACCUCUUUAAUUGACUUACUGAGGUACCUGAGACAAAUUUUUACUUUCCUACUGAAUUAGAGCAGAAUUUUUAGAGAUGUUGUGUUCUAGUUCCUGGUGGAUUCUUUGGUAGGUUGUAAUUUUAACAUUUCAGAGAGUGAUGUAGAGAGGUGUGUAGAAGGGGGAACACCGGGUUAGGUAUGAGGAGUCCUAGUACUGCCAUGAAUUAGCUGUAACUUUAUGCAAAGCACAAUCUCUUGAGUAUCAGUUUCGCCAUCUAUGAGAAGACUCAUAAUACCUGUCAGGAUUAUUGUGAAAAUUAGAUAAGAUAAAUUGAAAGGACAAUGCUCAGUAAACAGUAAGCACUCAUAAAUUCUUUUCUCCUUGAUUAAAGGCAGACUUGGAUGGUCUGAUAAAAGUAUAAAUCCUUAGGGGAAAACAAAGAACCCUUUUUAACUUCAAAGAAAAGAGCAUCAUUUCUGAAAGGGCAUUAAAAGGAAGUCACUUAUUUGAUCUAUCUUUCUGCCUUUGGGCAUUACUGUUACCCAAGAGUCUCUUUAUUUCUUUACACGCUUCAGGAAAGGUAUUCUCUCUCUCUUUUCCAACAGGCAGUUCCAAGGUUGCAAACUCCUCAUAAUCAGGAAACUUAACAUUAUUACUGAAAUACCUCACAGUGCAAUUUGAACCUCUUUCUUCUUGAUCCCAUUCUCCAUGGGAAUAAAAAUGGGUUUAUCCUAUCAUCUUUUUAAGGGACUGUGUUUGCCAUGAGUUAUUGCCCUUUGCCUCAUUUUUUUUCCCUUUAAUGACAGUCAGAAAAAGCUCAUUAAGGUGAUAAUCAUUAUUCCCUUGGGGAAUGUCAGGCUAGGUAUUUAUACUCUCUUAGUUUCUUAUUAGUGUCAGAUUUAGAUCGUAAUCUUAGUGUUGAUUAACUCUUCAAUUAUCCACGUAGCUUUCUUCCUUAUAUACUUGAUAACAAAGUGUGCUUCUGAAGAAUUAUUCUGGAUGUGUGACUCUUAUUUCCUUGUCUUGGUAAAAAUGGAGUUAUCAAUCCUAGUUUGUCAUCUACUUUUAGAAUUUAAUUUCAUAGAUGACAUGUAUUUGGUGGACAGAAUUACCAACACCCAAAUUUAGCAGGGUUUCUUAACCUUUCUACAUGUGCACUGUACUCUGAAAUAAAAAUUGGAGUACCAAAUGCCUAAUAAAGCAAAAAAUUCAUGUAUAGAAUAAUAAAAGAUAAGAAUCUGGUCUGUAAGAUAAUUUAUCACUAGUUAGUUGAAUGGUCCACAGCUUUGUUUAAAGUUACACAGUUAUGCCUGGAUUAAAUAACACUAGCAAAACUUGAUAAGCCCUCUGAAAAACAGCUGCUAACCAUAUUGCUUUCUGGAAUGUAAUUAUUAGGAAUAUUCUCUUAUCCUAUACAAUUGCAGAAUGCUAGUGGAACUUUCUUGUAGGCUGUUUGACAAUGAAUGUCAAUUGAUUUAUUAAAAAAUUUUUUUUAAUCCCCUUAUUCCUUUAAGGCAUGUUGGGGCUUUCAUGUUCCUUUGUUGAAAAUUUCAAAUGACUGGAAUGCUGGCUUCUAAUUUCUGCUCACUGAAGUGUCCUCUAGACAUACCAGAUGGCUGGAGCUCCUUUGAUGAUAUGUAAGGGAGCUACAUAAAUGUAUUUAUGUAAAUACACUUACAUAAAUGUGUGUGAGUAAAGUUGCUGUUUUCAGCAAAACACACACACACACACACACACACACCUCCAGAAACACCUCUGCUUAAAAUUUCAAAUAAUAAAGGAUUAAGAAGAGAUUUCUGAUCAUCUAAAGGGAAAAAGUUGUGCCCCAUAUAUAUUGUUACAUAUACCUUAAUGCAUGACUUUUAGUGUAGGGGUGAAAUAAAAUGCAAAAUAUAUCAUUAUGGAGGUCUUCUCAGCAGCUAGUUAAAAUAUUUAGAGAAGCUGUUUUAUGAAGACUUAGAGAACCCUUGAUUUCCCCUCUUUUCCUAUCUCUUUCCAUUAAAACAUGGAUCUUUAACAUACACAUAAUUUUAACAAACAUGUUAAUUAUCAAAUCUUAUGAACUCAGUUAUUAAUAUUUGGCUGUUGGUUUUAAGCAUAGGCUUUCAGUAAUAUCUGAAUACACCAGUAUAUAAAAUCUAACCAUCUGCUUCUAUACAGGCAUAAUACUUGAUUUUAAAUGUUAAUAUGCAGAUAAUAACAGUAUACUGUAUUGUCCUAUGUGUACAUGUAUUUUGUUUAAUAAAAAGUCUGUUAGAAAUAUAAGCCCACAAUGACCUGAGUGCACUUAGCUGAAGUGCACCUCUGUAGAAAGGUGAUUGCAUGAAAACUUCAAUUAGCAUUAAAAGAGGGGAUAGGGAACAGGAAUGUGAACAAAAAAUUUUAAUGAAGUUGCAUCCCUCUUUUUAAAAUUAAAAUAUAAUCCACAUACAAUUCAUGCCUUUAAAAGUGUUCACUUUGGUAUUUUUUAGUAUUUUCACAAAGUUGUACAACACUCACCACUAUCUAACUCUUGACUAUUUACAUCAUCCCAAAUGAAAAACUCUGUAAUCAUUAGCAAUCAAUCUUUUCCCUGUACCUACCACCCCUCCCAGCAUCUGGUAGCCACUAAUCUACUUUCUGUUUCUCUAGAUUUGCCUGUCUUGGACAUUUCGUAUAAAUAUAAUUACACAAUAUGUGUUUUUUUUGUGUCUGACUUCUUUCACUUAACAUAAUGUUUUCAAGUUUCAUGUAGGAUGAAUCAAUACAUUCUUUUUAUGAUUAAAUAAUAUUCUAUCGUAUGUAUAUUCCUCAAUUUAUUUGUCCAUUCAUCAGUUGCUGAGCAUUUGGGUUGUUUCCAUUUGGGAUUAUUAUAAACAAUGCUGCUACGAACAUUUGUGCACAAGUUUUCCAUGUGGGUAUACAUUUUCAUGUCUCUCUUAAAAGCAGUAGUCUAGCAAAUCAAGUCAUUUGUGUUCCUUAAGCAGAACCUUUUAAAAUCCCACUUGGAGAUGCAACUUACAAUCUUAGGUCAAUUGGUCAAUUAGGAGAUCCCUGAAUAAUGGCUAACUUCCCAAUAUGUCCAUAGGAGUCUUUCAGUGAGCCUAUCAUUUAUAUACAGUAAUCAAUUUCAUGAAGACUGUUUCAGUCUUGUAGAAAUUGUCAUUGCACAGAAUGAAUUUAUAAAGUCCUCUGCAUUGUUUUAAGGGACAGCUACAAACCAUGUUGGAGAGGAGUACUCAUUCAAUCUUCUAGGAUUCAAUGAAGGAGCACUUUUAAUAUACAAUUUCCUUUACAUAUUGAGUGUCUUUAAAGUUUGGAUUUUCCUUCUUGAAAAAAGAUUGUCAAAUCGCCAAACCAUCUGACUGUCCAUUGUAGCUUAAGUUUUUAUUAUUAAGAAAUAAUUCAUACUGAGAGUAAAAGUAAAGAGAAUGUAUUUUGUGUGCAAAGGAUGAAUGUAUUAAUAACUUUUUAUUUGUAUAAAUUUUUUUAAAAGAUGAAUGGAAAUUGCUUUCUCAUGUACUUGUAUAUAAAUAAACAUUUCCUGUUGCCCAUA